AUGGCCACCUUUCCCUAUCCCUACAUGAACGGCUUGCUGCACCUGGGCCAUGCGUUCACGGCGACGAAGGCUGAGUUUGCUACCCGUUACCAUGCCUUGAAGGGAGAGAAUUCCAUCUUCCCGUUCGGCUUCCACUGCACCGGAAUGCCGAUCCAGGCUGCAGCGAACAAGCUGAAGCACGAGAUUGAAACCUACGGCUGUCCCCCUGUUUUCCCCGAGGAUCACCCGUCCGACGAACCGGAACCCACGCAGCCGGCCGAGCAGCAGAAGGAAGCCACCGUGGGCGAGUUCCACGGCAAGAAGACGAAGCUCGUCGCGAAGACGGGCGGCAGUUCCGUGCACCAGUGGACCAUCCUGGAGAAGCAGGGCAUUCCCGCGGAAGAGAUCCCCAAGUUCGUGGAUCCCGAGCACUGGCUGCGCUACUUCCCGCCUCUGGGCAUGCAGGACCUCAAGAAGUUCGGUCUGUGCUCCGAUUUCCGCCGCUCGUUCAUCACGACGAGCGUCAAUCCCUACUACGACCACUUCGUGCGCUGGCAGUUCCAGAAGCUCCGCGAGGCGGGCCGCGUGAAGUUCGGCAAGCGCCCGUCGAUCUACUCCCCGCUGGACGGGCAGAUCUGCGCCGAUCACGACCGAGCUUCGGGCGAAGGCGUGCUGCCACAGAUGUUCACCUGCAUUAAGAUCAAGCUGCUGGAGAAGCCGGCGAAGCUGGCGCCGCUGAACGACGAGAACGUGUAUCUGAUCGCGGCGACGCUGCGUCCGGAGACGAUGGUGGGACAGACGAACUGCUUCGUGCUGCCCGGCGCGACGUACGGCGUGUUCCGCAUGGGGAACGGCGAGCUGUACAUCUGCUCGGACCGCAGCGCGCGCAACAUGGCCUACCAGGGACUCUUCAAGGAGUUCGGCGUGGUGGACAAGGUGAUGGACGUGUCGGGCGACGAGCUGCUCGGCCUGCCGAUCGAGUCGCCGCAGGCGAUCUACCGCCGCAUCUACACGCUGCCUCUGCUCACGAUCAGCAUGGGAAAGGGCACCGGCGUGGUGACUUCGGUGCCGUCGGACGCCCCGGCGGAUUACGCGGCGCUUCGCGACCUGAAGGAGAAGCCGAAGCUGCGCGAGAAGUACGGAAUCAAGGACGAGAUGGUGCUGCCGUUCGAUGUGGUGGACAUCAUCGAGGUGCCGGGCAUGGGAAAGCACGUGGGCAAGCAGAUCUGCGAGGAGAUGGGCAUUAAGAGCCAGAACGACACGCAGAAGCUCGCGGAGGCGAAGGAGAUCGCGUACAAGAAGGGCUUCUACGAGGGUAUCAUGAUCGCCGGCAAGCACGCGGGCGAGCGCGUGGAAGUGGCGAAGCCGGCCUGCCAGCAGGAAAUGGUGGACGCGGGCGAGGCCUUCCUGUACUACGAGCCGAACGGGCAGGUGAUCUCGCGCUCGGGCGAUGAGUGCGUGGUGACGUUCAGCGACCAGUGGUAUCUGACGUACGGCGAGAAGGACUGGCAGCCCAUCAUCAUGGACUACAUCCGAAACCACCUCGAGACGUACAACCCGAAGACCAAGGUGGCGCUGGAGGCGUCCUGCGAGUGGCUGAGCAACUGGGCGUGCUCGCGGCAGUUCGGUCUGGGAACGCGCCUUCCGUGGGACGAGCAGUUCUUGAUCGAGUCGCUGUCGGACUCGACGAUCUACAUGGCGUACUACACGAUCGCCCAUCUGCUGCAGGGCGAUCUCUUCGGCGAGAAGGUCGGUCCGCUGGGCAUUCGCGCCGACCAAAUGACGCCGGAAGUCUUCGACUAUAUCUUCUGCGGCGCUAAGUAUCCUGCAGAGUGCGGAAUCGAGGAGGCCAAGCUGCAGAAGCUGCGCCACGAGUUCGAGUAUUGGUAUCCGUUCGACAUCCGCGUGAGCGGCAAAGACCUGAUCAAGAACCACCUCAUGAUGUCGCUGUACAUCCACCAGGCGAUCUGGCCGGACGGCUCGAAGAUGCCGCGCUCGUUCUUCUGCAACGGACACAUCCAGCUGAACAACGAGAAGAUGUCCAAGUCCACCGGCAACUUCCUCACCGUCGACGACGCCAUUCAGCAGUUCGGCGCCGACGCCACGCGCUUCGCGUGCGCCGACGCGGGCGACAGUCUGGACGACGCGAACUUCGCCGUGGCCACCGCGAACGCGGCGAUUCUGUCGCUCACCACCGAGGAGGAGUUCAUCCGCACGGUCGUGGACGGCGAGCUGCAGACCGUCGAGAAGACGCCCGAGGAACUCAACUUCUUCGAUCGCAACUUCGUGAACGAAAUGAACGACUGCUUGAUCCGUGCGGACGCCGCGUAUCGCGAGAUUCGCUUCCGUGACGCGCUGCAGAUCGGCUUCUACGAGAUGCAGGGCAUCCGCAACAGCUACCGCGACGCCUGCAGCAAGAUGGGCGUGCCGAUGACCAAGUCUCUGCUGCUCCGCUUCAUCGAGCUGGAGGCGGUCAUGCUCGCCCCCAUCGUUCCGCACUGGUCCGACAAUCUCUGGCGCUUCACGCUGCACAAGACCCAGUCGCUCUGGAAGAACUCCUGGCCCGCGAUGCAGCCCGUCGACGCCGUGCUCUCGCGCUCCAACGACUUCGUCAAGAAGAACCUCCGCCUGCUGCGCGAGUUCAUCAACAAGAAGCCCAAGAAGCUCCCCGCGAACUGGCACCGUCCGAACAAGCUUUAUGUGUACUGCGCGCGCGAGUACCACCCCUGGCAGCAGUUCGCGCUGUCGGUUCUCCGCGAGUGCUACGACCCCGCGACCAAGACGCUGGCGCCCAACGCGCUGGCGGUGGUGAAGGAGCGUGUGGCGAGCUCGGAGGAGUACAAAAAGCAGAUGAAGGACGUGCUGGCGUUCGCGUCGUUCACCGUGAAGACCGACUUCCCGCAGCUGGGCGAGGACGCGUUCACGCUGGAGAUGCCCUUCGACGAGAAGGAGGUGAUGGAGGCCUGCCGCGCGUACAUCCUCAACGACUGCCAGCUGGCCGAUCUGACCGUGUUCCACGCGGAGGACCCCAGCGUGCCCGACCCGAUGAACCGAAAGAAGGACGCCAAGCCCGGCAAGCCCGCGUUCUGCUGUUUCUAUGAGGAGUUCCGUGUUUGUUGGAGAAAACAAGCCAAUGCCGAUGGUGGUGAUGGUGGCGAUGGCGGUGCGAACUGCGGCUUCGCGAGCGGUCCUGGCUCGCAGCGUCUCGCUUCAGCAGCUCCAGCAAUCGCUGAUCAAUGUCCUGCGUCUGCGACUUCUUCGCCGGCUCGCUCGGCGGCUCCUCCACCGCGCGUUUGCAGCUCGUUCGGGGUUCCACGCGCUCGGAAUCCCGCAUUCGCAUCGCUCCUCCGCUCCUACUCAUUUUCCCCGCGAUUCCACGCGCCUUCUCCAAGUACUGCUUGGCGUUGGGCGUCUGCGGAUCGAUCCGAAGCGCGGUCUCAAAGGAAGCGAUGCUUUCCUUCACUUUCCCGAGCUUCACCAAUCUACACGCCAUCAACUCCUCAAGAAAAGGGAUCGUACGCGGCGCCGCGCGCAGUGUACGCUUCGGCGAACUUGGGAACCAACUCGAUCGCUUCGUUGUAG